GCCGAUCACACCGCCACUGGUUGUGGUGACGUUGCUUGCGAGUGGAUCGAGGAGGAGGAUGCUGGACUGACCAAGGGAGACACCGAGACUCCUAGCGGACUUCUUAGACUGGAUGUUAGUGAGAGCAAUGAGCGUCGUUCUCCUUUUCCUGCCUUGAUGAUAUGUCUUAGUAUCCGAACCCAUCGUGCCGUCUCUUUGCGCUGUCUCUUGACGGUGGUGGCAAUUUCAGAACUCCGAUUUCUUGUCCAGGAUUGA